UCUCUUCCCUGCUCUCUCUCGUUAAACACACGCACAGCACACUCUCUCCUACCUCACACACGGACAUUUGGGUGCCGCUGCAGCGUUUCGCUAGCUAGAGUUUUUUUCCAAAGAAAAGAGCCUCUAGGGCGAACAACAGAACAAUGUUAUGGUCCUGACUAACAUUGAAUGGAUUAGCCAUCUAUUCCUGAGCACUAAUGAGAUUAGGGUGUCAUUGCAGACAUGGGUUGCAGCGGCAUGGUACCUUUUGUUGAGCUCCGUGGGGAGUGUUUUCCCUGUCAGUCCUUCAGCGCUGGAAAUGGCGUUCUGAUGCUGAACAAGGAAGACGCGGUGCAGGCGGCUGCCAGCCAAUAGAAAUUACAUGUUUUCCAUAAACUGGUUUGUGGUGUGGAUUCCUAGUAGUGGUGGACAACAUGAAGUACCAGAAAUACAUAACGGUGAUGCAGAUGGCUUUGGGGGUGACUGCCAUCAACAGAGACAAUUGCAUCCCUCCUAAGAGACAGAUGUGGGUGACUCCCACAGAUGGAUUGUCAGGGAUAGGUGCCACAGGGAUAGGCACCGCUGCUUCGUCCGCUGCCAUUACAGAAGCUCAGGAUUCAGCAGAAGCAGCUGCAGAAGAUGCUGCAGCUGCUCGUGCCGCUGCUCGUGCAGGUGCUAUGUGUGGUUCUGGUGCUAUAGGAGGAUGCAGUGUAAUGUUUGCCACCUCCACACUCUCGCUGCCCAUGACCCAGGGCAAGCCCUCCCUCCGCAGGAUCAAGGGCCGCAUUCACCGCAGCAAGAGCCUGGACAGCAUAGACCUGCUCGACUCCAAUAGCGCAGCGAUGGAGGAAACUGUAAUAUGGGAACAGCACACAGUGACCCUUCACAGAGCCCCAGGGUUUGGGUUCGGCAUAGCCAUCUCAGGGGGCCGGGACAACCCUCACUUCCAGAGUGGUGAGACUUCCAUUGUCAUCUCCGACGUCCUGAAGGGAGGCCCAGCAGAAGGACUCUUAUCGGAAAAUGACCGUGUGGUAAUGGUCAAUGCGGUGUCCAUGGACAACGUAGAGCAUGCGUACGCAGUGCAGCAGCUUCGGAAGAGUGGAAAGAACGCAAAAAUAACGAUCCGAAGAAAACGGAAGGUUCAGAUCCCGGUGUCUCGCCCGGGGGACAGGGAGACUAUGUCCGAGCACGAGGAAGAGGACACGGAUGAAGACGAUGGUUGCGAGCAGCACAGCGGGCCCACCAGCGCCUACGGAGCGGCGAGCGGCGGCACGGCCAGCAGGCGGACGAACGACCGCGAGCGUGAACGCAGCAACAGCAGCCGGCGGGAACACAGUGCCUCGCGAGAGAGGAGCAUCUCGCCCCGCUCCGGCCGAUCCCAAGGGUCCUCUACACCGUCCCGCCCCGCCAAAGUCACCCUUGUCAAGUCCCGCAAGAAUGAAGUAGAGUAUGGUCUGCGUUUGGCCAGCCACAUCUUUGUGAAGGACAUCUCCCCAGAGAGCCUGGCAGCACGGGACGGAAACAUCCAGGAGGGAGACGUGGUGCUGAAGAUUAACGGGACAGUGACCGAGAACCUGUCGUUAAUAGAUGCUAAGAAGCUGAUCGAGAGGUCAAAAGGCAAGUUAAAGAUGGUGGUGCAGAGAGACGACAGAGCCACGUUGCUCAACAUCCCCGAUAUGGACGACAGCAUUCCUUCCUGCAACAACUCCGACCGAGACGACAUUUCAGAACUUCAUUCAUUGACAUCAGACCAUUCCACUCGAUCCCAUGAUCGAGCACGGGGCAGCCGAUCCCGCUCCCCUACCCGGUCUGAGCCCUCGGACCCCUCCCGACACUCACCACGGCAGAUUAGCAAUGGCAGCCACAGAAGUCGAGAUGAGGAGAGGAUUUCCAAGCCCGGGGUGAUGUCGACUCCUGUUAAAGGUUCCCAGGAGGCCCUAAUCCAGGCCAUCAGCGACCAGCCACUGGCCAGGGAGGACAAACUGCCCCCGCUGCCAGAACCAAAGCCAGUGUAUGCCCAGCCUGGCCAGCCUGAUGUGGACCUUCCAGUCAGCCCCUCUGAUGCCCCAGUACCCAGCGCUGGUCAUGAUGACAGCAUCCUCAGGCCGAGUAUGAAGCUGGUGAAGUUUAAGAAGGGGGAGAGUGUCGGCCUGAGGCUGGCCGGAGGGAAUGACGUGGGCAUCUUUGUAGCCGGAGUCCUGGAGGACAGCCCAGCUGCCAAGGAAGGUCUGGAGGAAGGAGACCAGAUUCUCAGGGUAAACAACGUAGACUUUGCUAACAUCAUCCGAGAGGAGGCUGUGCUGUUCCUCCUAGACCUUCCCAGGGGUGAAGAGGUCACCAUUCUGGCCCAGAAGAAGAAGGAUGUUUACCGUCGGAUAGUGGAGUCAGAUGUGGGUGACUCGUUCUACAUCCGGACCCACUUUGAGUAUGAGAAGGAGUCUCCGUACGGCCUGAGCUUCAACAAGGGAGAGGUGUUCCGUGUAGUGGACACCCUCUACAACGGCAAGCUGGGCUCCUGGCUCGCCAUACGUAUUGGCAAGAACCACCAGGAGGUGGAGAGAGGCAUCAUCCCUAACAAGAACAGGGCAGAGCAGUUGUCCAGUGUGCAGUACACCCUCCCCAAAACGCCAGGGGGCGACAGGGCUGACUUCUGGAGGUUCCGUGGUCUGCGGACCUCCAAGAGGAACCUGAGGAAGAGCAGAGAGGACCUGUCUGCCCAGCCGGUCCAGACCAAGUUCCCUGCCUAUGAGAGGGUGGUGCUGAGAGAGGCUGGGUUUCUGAGGCCUGUGGUGAUCUUUGGGUCCAUCGCAGACGUGGCAAGAGAGAAGCUGGGCAGAGAGCAGCCUGACCUGUUUGAGCUUGCCAAAACACAGCAACAUGAAGGAAUGGAAAAGAGUGAGCCCAAAGACGCAGGAAAAGACCAGCGCAGCUCCGGGAUCAUUCGCCUCCACACCAUUAAACAGAUCAUUGACCGGGACCGGCAUGCUGUGCUGGACAUCACCCCCAACGCUGUGGACCGCCUGAACUACGCCCAGUGGUACCCCAUCGUGGUGUUCCUCAACCCAGACAGCAAGCAGGGUGUCAAGACCAUGAGAACCAGGCUGUGCCCCGAGUCCAGGAAGUCAGCCAGGAAACUCUACGAGAGAGCCCUCAAACUGAGGAAGAACAACCACCACCUCUUCACCACCACCAUUAACAUGAAUAAUAUGAAUGACGGGUGGUACGGUGCCCUGAAGGAGACCAUCCAACAGCAGCAGAACCAGCUGGUGUGGGUUUCAGAGGGAAAGGCGGACGGUGCUCCAGAUGAUGACCUGGAUCUGCAUGAUGACCGUCUGUCGUACCUGUCGGCUCCGGGCAGUGAGUACUCCAUGUACAGCACGGACAGCCGCCACACCUCCGACUACGAGGACACGGACACAGAGGGCGGGGCCUACACCGACCAGGAACUAGACGAGACGCUGAACGACGAGGUGGGCCUGCCCACUGAGCCCGCCAUCACCCGCUCCUCGGAGCCCGUCCGAGAGGACCCGCCAGUAAUCCAGGAGCCCCUGGGGUACGGCGGGUACCAGCACACAGUGCAGCCCGACCCCCUGAACCGGAUCGACCCAGCCGGAUUCAAGGCACCAGCGGCCCAGCAGAAAGAGAAAGCAGAGGCUGUUCCGGCCACCAUGCCUAUCCUCCCCCAGCAGCCUGAGCAGCCUGUGUUACUGGCUGAGACAGAGGCAGCGCCCCCUGCUGUCGACAACACCGUAAAUGGUGUAGCUGGUUUGAGCCAUGGUUUAAGCCUUGGCCCUAUCGCUGCUCCCCAGAGCGAACCCAGCCCAGGCCCCGGCCCCGAGGCUGACUGGCUUAGGAUGCGCACCCCUGAUCUAGCUCAGCCCCUGGCCCCGGCCCCAACGCUCGAACCCGAACCCCUACAAUCCGGACCGCCCAGUUCAGAACCACAGAUGUACAAGAAGGAUCCCUACCUGGAGGAGCCAGUCAGAGUGAACCAUGGUGGUGUAAAGCCGUCUCCAGCGAUGGGGCCGCCCAUGACCUACGAGUCCCAGCCUCCGUACCAGGACCAACACCCGUACAGAGAUUACGAUCACCCGCCUAACCGCUACGACGGGGGUGGCUACCUGGAACCAAAGUAUCGUAACUUCGACUCUCAACUGCACCACGAGAAAAGCGUGCCUCACUACGAUGACCAGUGGCCUCCUUACAACCAGCAGACCUCUGGCCCACCACCCCACCAGCAACAGCAACCUCCUGGACAUGGCUACGACCCCAGGCUGUCCUACGAAGACGGACCCGAGCGAGACUACAGCCCUCCUCAGCCGCGCUAUGAUGAGGCCCCGCUGGGCUACAACGGACGACCUCGCUAUGGAAAGCCUGCAGGACCAGGACCCAUCCGCUACGAUGAGUCUCCUCCAUCCGGCCCAGGGGGCUACGCUCCUCUACGUUACGACCAGGAGCCUCACCCGUAUCCCCCUGCAACACGCUCUCCAGAGCCCCCUAAACAGUACUACCAGGGGGAGCCUGCCCAGCGGCCAGGACCUGGGCCUGCCUACAACCAGGCACCACCUCAGCACCGAGGCUACAAGCCCCCGCCCCAACAGUAUGAACCCAUCAUGAACUUUGACGCCCCUGUGCCCGCACCCAAACCACAACCAGAGGCUCUCCGUCCCUCACCUGGGGACACUGUGAUCACUACAGCCCCCAAUCUCCUUCCUCCUCCCCCCAGAGUGGAGCCGGAGGACGACCCGGCCAUAAGGGCCCAGUCGGUGCUGUCCAGGGUCAAGAUGUUUGAGAACAAGCGCUCUGUGUCUGUGGACCGAGCCAAGGAGGCAGGGGACGCUUUCGGGCUCAGGUCAGCAGAUCUGCCCACCAAACCAGGUGCGUGCAUUCCUAAAGCCAACUCACUCAGCAAUCUGGACCAGGAGAAGUCGUUCAGAGUCCCUGAGCCUCAGAAGCCCCGGGAGGUGUCCGAUGAUGACAUAGUGCGCUCUAACCACUAUGACCCAGAUGAAGACGAGGAGUACUACAGGAAACAGCUGUCCUACUUUGACCGGCGCAGCUUGGACGCAGGCAAGGCACCUCCUCAGACAACACCUGUCAUCGCAACCAAACCUGCAUCUCAACCACAAGCACAUCCCGGAUACAACUACCCAAGGGCAGAGUCAGUGGAGAAGGUCAGUCCUGUGGAGAGGAGAUAUGAACCCGUUCCCCAGGUUACCCCCGCUGCCCCACCUGCCAUACUACCCAAACCCACCUCACCUGAGGCAGACACUGUCACGACCAACUACCUGCCACAGAAGAGUUACCCUGAGAAGUCUCCAGUGAACGGUACGGCAAUGAAGGACCAGCCCAAGGCCCCGGCCAAUACCAGCUACAACCGCUACGUCCCCAAGCCCUACACCAACUCCGCCAAGCCCUUCGAGAGGAAGUUUGACAGCCCCAAGUUCAACCACAACCUGCUGCCCAACAACAAAACAGACCUGGCCCCAGCCAUCAAGGCCCCAGCCAACAGCACAGCCCCAGUCAAGCCCCAGAUCUCCCCCCAGCCUACAGACCUGGACUCUGGCAUGGACACCUUCACACGCACCAUGGACAACAGGUCCAAGUACCAGCACAACAACAUCAACGCUGUGCCCAAGGCCAUCCCUGUCAGCCCCAGUGCUCUGGAGGAUGAUGAUGAGGAUGAAGGUCACACUGUGGUGGCCACGGCCCGGGGGGUCUUCAACUGUAAUGGCGGGGUGCUGAGCUCCAUCGAGACGGGUGUCAGCAUCAUCAUCCCACAGGGGGCCAUCCCCGAGGGCGUAGAACAGGAGAUCUACUUCAAAGUCUGCCGGGACAACAGCAUCCUGCCCCCCCUGGACAAGGAGAAAGGAGAGACCCUGCUCAGCCCGCUGGUGAUGUGUGGCCCUCACGGCCUCAAGUUCCUGAAGCCUGUGGAGCUGCGUUUACCUCACUGUGCGUCUAUGACCCCAGAUGGUUGGUCUUUUGCUCUAAAAUCCUCCGACUCCUCGUCGGGUGAUCCCAAGAGUUGGCAGAAUCAGUCUCUCCCUGGAGACCCCAACUACCUGGUGGGAGCCAACUGUGUGUCUGUGCUCAUCGACCACUUCUGAAGAGUGCAACAGCUGGCCUGUUACUGAAUGUGAAACCAUGGGAAAGGAGGGAUAAUAAACACAUGCAUACAUACAUACAUACAUACAUACAUACAUACAUACAUACACACACACACACACACACACACACACACACAUACAUACAUACAUACAUACAUACAUACAUACAUACAUACAUACAUACAUACAUACAUACAUACAUACAUACAUACAUACACACAUACACACAUACACACAUACACACAUACAUACAUACAUACAUACAUACAUACACACAUACACACAUACACACAUACAUACAUACACACAUACACACACCAUUUCUCCAGGGGUGGACCAUACACAAUGAUGUAUUUACACCCAGUGCUCCAGCGUUGUUUACUGUGCCCAUGGAAGAUGGAAGGAGACUGAAGUUGCCCCUAUGUGCUGUCCUUUAACUCUUUCCGAGGUCUUGAAGAAAAUACAAAACACACAACGAUUUAACCAGUGAUGGAAUGCAUGCCCUGUGCCACUGAGUAACUCAUCACAUUAUACGCCAAGUUUUAACUUUUAAUUGUUACAUAACAGGAAAAUGGUUUGAGGUUUUUACUAUUGAAGUAGAUGGACAUACAUGUAGGUGUAUUUAUACUAUAUAUGCAUACAGUAUAUAUAGUAUAUGGUUUAAAUAUAAUUUUAAAUUCAAUUCUAGAAAACGGAAUUCAAGAAUCAGACUUCAACCUUUUUUGUCACCUUUUGAAUUGGCUGACUUACAAAGACGGUCAUGUUUUUUCCACAUUGACAGAUUUGUGACGUUUUGGAAUUCAGUGCCAGGGAGGUGGGCAGUAAAGUGAUGAUGUUAAUGCAGAGCCACAUUUUCUAAAUGUAUGGCUCUGUGGUAAUGAUUAUGGUGAUAGUGAAGUUGGCAAGCAUCUGCAGAAGAGAAAAUGAAGCUGAAGGUGGAAUACUUUGAGGUGGAUUUAAAGCCCAACUCAUGCCUCUAACAUGUUCAUCCUGUGACUAGAAUGGCUCUUCCCUCCUUUCCUUUCCUUUCCUUCUUUCUUUCUGUAAAUUGACCUUGGAUUCACUUUGUAUUGAGUACCAGAAUUCUACUCCUGCUGUAUCAAGAUCUAUGCAUGUGCUAUGACUCAGGUCCAGAAGCCUGCUCAGUUCUCCCUCACCAUGUUAAAACCCUCUUACAUUAACAAGCAGUGAUGCCUUAUCUGCAUAUUAUUCACUUUUUCAGUAAAAACCUCUGGGUUCUUCUAAGUUAUGAUGAUAAAUUAUGGAAAAAUGAAGUUCUCUUGCCAUUUUGUCAACCCACUGUAUAAAUGAACUUGGGUUUAGCGCACAAGAACAAUUGAAGCUAAUAAAGGUAUGCUUUCUUUAUCUGCUAUGCAUAUGACUUCAGAAGAAAAAGAAAAACUUUACAAAAAAGACAAGUGGCUGUAAAUAAAGUUAGCAUAUGGCCUUGGUUCUUGGUUUGUAAAUGAACUUUUGUAUGUCUUUGUUAUUUUGUAUAAAACUUAAGAGAAAACUGUUUUUAAAAAAUAAAUGAAUUGACCAUGGUUUACUUUCUAAUCUGGUUAUACCCUUGAGCCUUGGAAUUUGUAACUAUUAGCAGUAAUAAAAUCCACAUUUUCUACCAAUAUAUUCACACUACAAAUAAAUAAUAGUCACACAAUCUUUUUAUGGUUAUUUGCAAAAGAGGAAAGUGCUUGGGUUAAACAACUUUUCAAACCUGUUCUUUAAAAGGGUGUGCUCUGUCCCCCUCAUUUAUUUGUGAUACUGGAUGCUGUAUUAUUUUGUGCCCUGAAAUGUAUUUUUGUACUAAUAGACCAUAUAUUACGGCACACCAGUACUAUUUUCUUUAUAUAUGAUAACACAGCUUCAAUUGGAUAUUAGCUCUUCACGUGUGGCUGACUUUAUUUUCUCCUUUGUGACACAAUUUUAAGUAUACCACUGUAUUAAUGAAUAAAAUAAUUUUUAAAGUAAA